AUUAUAUAAAUGGCCAGAUGGAGAUGGAGGAUCAACAACUGAAAUAUCAAAAUCGGAUUUACAUCAUGCUAUUUUAUGUAUUAAAGAAAGAAAAGAUUCUACAUUAAUUUUAAAAUAUUUGAUAGAUUAUUAUGCUGAUAAUACUAAAGAAUAUAAUAAUCAUGGUUGGAUGUUUACUGUAAGUGAAGCAAUACCUUUAUUAUAUGAUAACAAUUUAG